CGCCGAGCCGAACCAGUGUCGAGUGUGCGACACAGGACGAUUGACGUUUUUUUUGGGCCCCUACGGAAUCUACGACGAUGGACACGCCGACGCACGGCAGUGUCAGUGCGGUCGCCACCCAGGUGUGCUGUCUACUGCUCGCCGUUACAGCCAUCACCGUAAUCGGGCAACCGACCGAAGUAGUCCAUCGGCCUCCACUGCAGGAGACGUCCACUUUUCCGACCUUCUUCCGAAGUCGCUUCAAUCCACGCACCCUGCACCACAUCAACGGAAGCUAUCCGUACCAGUUUAGCCAGCGGCUUGCUAAGCUGGAGGAUCGGGCGGGUUUAAAUGAAACCAGCGGAUCCAUCCCUCGGCCAGGGACGAUGGAAUACCACGAGCGGAUCGGACCGGUGCAGCUGCCGAUCAGCACCCCACUGCCGACGGAGUGGAACAACGCCACUGACCAGCCACUCCACAGUCAACCCGUGUCGAAGCCCGUCCAGCUCGAGCCGUCCAGCGACGACUGCGGUUCACCGGAAGCGGUUGCCAACGGUCGCUUCCCGUGGCUGGCCAUACUCGAGCACGGCAGCACAGACCCUCGCAGCCGGAAGCGGACCCUUAGCAAGGGGGUGCUGAUCGACCGGCGCCACGUGCUGACUACGGUGUCGAGUGUCCAGAACACGUUCCCGUCCUGGGUCUUGACCGGUGUCCGCCUGACGGGUGAUGCGACCAGGCCUCGGCAGCGCGGUACGACGGACAAGCUGCGGCUCCCGAUCGGCACCGUGUUUCUGCACGAGAGCAAGGACAUCGCCAUCGUGCGGCUCGCGAGCGUGGUACCUCGCACCGGUGCCUGGCAACCGGUGUGCGUACCGCGCGAAGACCACCGGCUGGAAGGGUUGGCUCUGGUGUACCACGUAUGUCACAAGCACCGUGGAGUUGACGGGGGCAGCCACAGCAGUGGCAAGUUGCUGCCGGCCAAGCACAUCGGUGCCUCGGACUGCAAUCAAUAUUUUGCGCCCCACGGAACCACGAUUGAGACGAAAGGGUUCUGUGCCUGGGAGCCGACGGCUGACAACUGUACCGGGGCGCUCGGUGGUCCCGUGCUGGCCAUGAUACGGGACCGCUACUACGUGGUGGGCCUCAGCUCAUACGUCCACACGAAGGUGGACGUGAAUGGAUCGGAUCUGCCAAGCAUCUACGUACGGGUUGGUGCUUUCCGAAAGUGGAUAUCGGCUGUCCUGCGGACGGAGCUGGACUGAUACCACGAGAAACUGGCAGGAGUCCGUCUGACUUGAAAUGGUCGAGGUGGGUCAAGUGCAAAGAACAUCAUUCAACCGAUGCGCCGAUCCUGUGCGGUGGUGCUGUGAUUAUUGCGCUUUCUAUCGCACACAAAUUCGACAACCUCAUCUCAGAGUUGCUCCUCAAGGUUGAUCAAUCGUUCGGAGCGCUACUACGUCUUUGCUGACCUUCGCCCCCCUGCCUGACAUCAGUAACAUUGAAACGGCGCUUCAAUGUGAUUCGUUUCAAAAGCAUGUAGCUUGCCUUCUUUGCCUUCGCCGAAAUAUUCACUGCCGUCUCGGCCGUCCCAAUCGUGUUCGUGCCCGCUCUGUUCGCAAUGCUCGAAAUGUAGCCCGAGAAACCUAGAGAUAGGGUCGCGCAAUGGUGUAAUCUUGGACCGCUUGGACCGUCAGCGGUAGGCGAUUCCUGUUAGUCCUGUUUACGAAAAAAAACUGUACCAUUAAUUCGUCAAGUUUUCUGAAUUUUUAAUAUAACAGUAUGUUAUCG